AUGAAGGUGGAAAUUAUAGAUUGCCAGCAGAAGCCGCACAUGGUCGGGGAAACCCUUGAGUUCCACCUCAACGAGGUGGACAACUCCUUCGCGAACGGGCUGCGCCGGGUGAUGUUGGCGGAGAUCCCCGUCCUGGGGAUUGAGGAGGUGACGAUCCUCAAAAACACCUCAAUUCUGCCCGACGAGAUGAUCGCCCACCGCCUGGGGUUAAUUCCGUUGUAUUCGAUGAAGGCCCGCCAGAUGAACUACGCGCGGGAGUGCCCGUGCGAUGGCGGGGGGUGCACGGACUGCACCAUCACGGGCGAGCUCCACGUCGAAUGCCCCACCCACCAAUACAGCCUGCCCGUCUUUGUCAACGAAUCCCUCAAGAUCGACGACGACGAGGUCUACCCCGUGAGCGCGGAGGAAAAAGGGGUCUGGUUGGUCACCCUGGGGCGCUCCCAAAAGCUCAGUUUACGCAUCGUGAUUCGCAAAAAUAUCGCGAAAACGCACGCGAAGUUUAUGCCCGUCGCGACCGUGGCGAUGCGGUACGCGCCGGAGAUUAUUUUAAACCCGGAGGGCUUCGCCCGACUCGGGCCGGAGCUUUGCCGCCAGUGGGUGGCGCGCUGUCCGCGAAAUGUCUUUCGCUACGACGAUCGCACCCAUCAGGUCCUUCUGGACAAACCGGAGGAGUGCAUUUUCUCGCGGGAGUGCCUCUCGACCGACCCGCCGUUUGAUAAACUCCCCGAGCCUUUGGUGUUCAUUCGGCUGAAGAAAAACCACAAAGGCUACUAUGACUUUCGGUUUGUGGUGGAGUCGACCGGGGUGCUGCCGGUUCUUCAAAUUUUGUACGACGCGAUUGCAGUGCUGCGAAGGAAAUUAGAAAAAAUCCGCGUUGGGCUUUCACACGACCCCAACGCGGAGGAGCCCAUUAAGGUGCGCCUCAUCGGUGAGGCCCCGACAGCGCUUGAGGUGGCGAACGAGGAUAUCGUUGAAAAGGAAGGUGCGGAAGAUAACUUAAACUUCGUGAUGAAAUAA